AUGCUCAUCGCGGGCGCCUUUUGUCGGAAGCGCCCGGCCCCCGAGCCCCGGGGCGACCCCGGGGGGCCCCCGCCCCCCCCCCCGCGCCGCCGGCCCCGCCGGAGCCCGAGCGGGUCCCCCCAAGCUGGGCGCCCGGGCUGCACCCGUGGGCGCCGCGCCCACCUCCGCGGGGCGGUCGCGCGGGCGGCGCGGGUUCGAGGCCCGCCCGGGGCGGCGGCGUCUCCGGGGAGGCGGGCGCUCGGCGAGUCUUCCCGGAGGGCCCGGGGCGCACCCACCGGGGCCCGCAGUCCCCCCGCCUCGGGCGCGGGGAGCCGGGGCGGGCGUCGGGGCGCAGCGCUGCCGCUGUCGGCCGCACCCGCCGCGCCCCCCGCAGCCUCCCCGGGGCGCCCACGGGAGCCCCCGAGCAAGCCCGCCCCUGGCCCGGGGGGCCGCGCCCCGCUCUGCGCCCCGCGCCCCGUGCGCCCCGCGCCCCUCCCCGCCGAGCCGAGCCCCGCGUCCGUGGGCACCCCUCUGCCUCGCCCUCGCCCUCUCCCUCUGCCUCUGCCUCUGCCUCUGCCUCUGCCUCUGCCUCUGCCUCGCCCUCUCCCUCCCUCUCUCCGUCUCCCCCUGGACUGGCCGCACCCGCCCCGCGGUGCCCACGGCGCCCCCUGCACCUGCUGCCCGUCCCGCACCCCCGCACCCCCGCACCCUCGCGCGCCGCGCCCGCAGGAGCCCCGAACGCCUGGACACCCGGACACCCGGACACCUGGACGCCUGGACACCUGGACACCGGGACACCCGGACACCUGGACACCGGGACACCCGGACACCCGGACACCUGAACACCGGGACACCCGGACAGCCAGACACCUGGACACCGGGACACCCGGACACCUGGACAGCCGGACGCCUGGACGCCCGGACGCCGGGACACCCGGACACCUAAACACCUGUACACCGGGACACCCGGACGCCUGGACACCCGGACACCCGGACACCUGGGCACCUGGACACCCGGACGCCUGGACAGCUGGACACCGGGACGCCUGGACACCUGGACGCCUGGACACCUGGACACCCGGACACCCAGACACCCGCACGCCUGGACGCGCGGCGAGGCCGAGGCCGAGGGCGACCCGGGCACCGCGCGGCCGCAGGGGGCCGCCGACCCAGGGCGAGUCCGCGAGCGCGGCCCGGGGCGAGGGCGGCGGCCCAGUUAAAUCAAGCAGGGCGCCAGGGUCCACCAGGACUGUGCCUGCCGGGUGUGCGGGCCCGAGGCUGCUGGCGCAGGGCCAGGCGGCCACAACGGACGAAGGCCUGCAAGCCGGGAGUGUUCGCCUUGUAACCGAAAGGCCGUCAGAAAAAAACGGUGAUUUUGUUUGUUUGUUUGUUUGUUUGUUUCCGGGUACUUUCUUUUUCCUUUUCCCCCUUUCUUUUCUUUUCUUUGCCCUUUAA